CCAGUGCAACAUGCACGCGCGCCGCUGCCGCUUCAACAUGGAGCUGUACAAGUUGUCGGGGCGCGUCAGCGGCGGCGUGUGCCUCAAGUGUCGGCACUUCACGGCGGGCCGGCACUGCCACUACUGCCGCGAGGGCUACUACCGGGACCCCACCAAGCCCAUCUCGCACCGCAAGGCCUGCAAAGCGUGCGACUGCCACCCGAUCGGGGCGUCGGGCAAGACGUGCAACCAGACGACGGGACAGUGCCCCUGCAAGGACGGCGUGACCGGCGUCACCUGCAACCGCUGCGCCAAGGGCUACCAACAGAGCCGGUCGCACAUCGCGCCCUGCAUCAAAAUACCGCGAGUGGCCGCCACGCAGAUCUCUACUGGCAGUGAAGAGAGUGGCGGUGGUGCCUCCACCAGCGGAAGAGACCAGUGCGGAAAAUGCCGUGCAGGGACACGGAGGCUCAAUCUGAACAAGUACUGCCGCAGGGACUAUGCUAUUCUAGGGAAAGUGCUGGAGCGUGAGACAGUGGAAGAUUGGGUGAAGUUCUCUCUGAGCAUCCAGUCUGUGUACAAACGUGCAAGGGAGUCACGUCUGCGUAGAGGCAAUACCUAUCUCUGGGUUCACAUGAAAGACCUGGCAUGCAAAUGUCCCAAAGUCAAAACCAACAAGUCCUACUUGAUUCUUGGAAAAGAACGUGAAGGUGACCAACCUGGUCUGACCAUAGGACGGCGCUCUAUUGUCAUAGAAUGGAAAGAUGAAUGGCACAGGCGAAUGAGACGCUUCCAGCAUCGAGCACGCAAAUGUGACUGAAACCUGUAGAGGAAACUCCACAUCUUGUGACAAAGGAUCAUUCACUUACAGAUUCUGCAAUAACAACAUGUGACAGAAAUAACACUACAGCAUAUUCUUAGCAGCUGCUGUGUGUUUUUCUGCUCAUUCACGGCCAUAUUGCUUUUUACAUUACAAGAUUUUAAGAAAGGUAUCGUGAGUAAGGUGCUACCUAUUUUUGGUUACCAACUGCUGUAUCCCAGAAUUCUCAUAAUUACGUUUUUAUGUAACAGAGGUACAAGAAGUCAGUAUUAGACUGUCAUAUAUAUAAAGUGUAACAUAUCAAACUGAAUGGUAAGUCAGCAUAAGACGCAAAACUAAUAACAUAUUCUCAAAAAUCAGGCUAUUCAUAGUAAAACAGGUUUCCUCUGGUAACACCAGUGAAAAUAUAUGUUAAGCUAGUAGUUCAAGAUGUAUCAUUCACCAGAUUCUUAAGUCCAAAUCUAAUAAGAUAAUGACAUAUCUCAGAUCUGCGAGUGAAAUCCUGCAAGUGCAACAAGUGUUAGUGGAAGAAGAAAGUUACCAGAAUCUUGUGAGAAUUGUAGACUGCAGGAAUAAAGCAGAAAUGAAAGUGGGGAGUGUGGCAAGUUCAUGAUUGUACAGAAAAGUAUUAGCCAAACCACGAUAAUGGUGGCAUUAUUUAAUUGAAUGUCUUUUGCAUUAGUAACUGUAUAUUAAGAACAAAUUUACAAUAUUAGAACUUUUCAUAUUAGAUAAUUUUUAUUAAUUUAUUAUUAAAUGAAUUUCCUUUGUUAAAGCCCAUAAUAUAAUGAGCAAGAUCUGUAUAAGAUGCAAUUAGUGUUUAGACAAAGUGAGAAGUGAUUUACUGCUUGUAGCUGCAAAUCUGCAGAUGUUUAAGAAAUUCAUGUUUGAUUCUUUUUGAAAUAAACAAAGAACAGCGAGAAUAGUUGCUUUAUUGUGGGAAGAGAAAACCUGUUAUGUUUCACUCUGAAAUACAUAUAGGGAAGUCAUAAACGGCAAAGUAAGAAAAAAAAACUGCUUUCUACACGAGUGACUUGUUGGGUCUUAAACAGAAUGCCAUCCAAAAACCAUAAAAGAAACAAACAAGCUGAUAGUUGUGAGUACUACAUUAAUUUCUAGAAUUUUAUUUGACCAUCAGCAUUAUUUUUGUGAUUAUCUCCUUGACUGUUGUUGCAAUGGAUUUGGCAUGUGCUCAGGACUGUGUGUAAAGGGCAGUUGCCCUUGUCCUACGAACUGCUAAAUCAGUACUAUAAUCAACUGUAUCAGAAUUUGUUUGUAUAGUCUCAGUGUCCAAUUUAACAAAAUUUUAAAAAUAAUCAUUACUUAAUGUAUCAGAGUUUGUGGACAAAUUCCAGUGUUUAGACAAGGUUUUCAUUUUCUAGUAUACUGUUUAAGUUUUAUGACUUUAUUAGAAAGUCCACUUCAUCUUUGUGGUUUAAGUAAGAAUUUGUAAUUAAGGCAAACACAUUUGAGAGAGCUUUUAGCUACAUUGUAAUUUGAUCACCCUUUCUUUUGCAAUUAAAUUAGAAAAUUUACUUUUGGGAAAAUAUAGGUUCAUUCAACUUGUUUAUUGCAAUUUCUUUUGCCUUUAAGCAAUCUGACUGAACAGCCACAUUAGAUUUACAUUUGUCUAGCUUGUGUUCAAUGUUCAUAUCUCUGACAAGAACUAUGGAGCAAAGCUACUUUAAAUGAACUUCACUAACUGAAACCCACUUGUCAGUUUUGCACAGGUUUGAUAAAGUGAAGUCUGCCAAUACACUUAGUUCAUAGACCAAUGAUUUUUGACUAUUAUUUAAAUAAAAAUAUUUAUAUCAUAUUUGUAAUUUUACACAAACUUUUUUAUGUGCUAGCACAACUUGUACAGUAUUAAUGUAAAGCUAUCAUGUGCCAUAACACAGUGUUGUAGGUAUGUGUCAGUAAGUUCCUAAAAUUGUGUUGCUAUAACUAAGUACUUUUGUGCACUUCAUCUUAAAAUCUGAAUUGCAGAAUUUUUUGUGUUCUGGUAUCAAGAAAGUUUCACUGAUGGAUACACAUGAAUGCGGGUCAAAAAUCGGCAGAACAUGUAUAUCAAACUGUUUCAAACAUUUAAAUUUCAUUAGUCUGGUUCACAGAUCACGGGCAUCACACAGUAUUGUCUGUCACCAUAUCUCACACUCGCAUUCACAGUCUGAUUGGUCAAUAACUGCAUAAUUAAAUAAAUUUAAAAUGAAUCCUGAGUAGAACACAAGCAAUGGAAUGAGUGAAUACAAGUGUGUGUGUGUGUGUGUGUGUGUGUGUGUGUGUGUGUGUGUG